CAACAGAAUCGCGGUGAUCGCUCAUUCAACUCGACCUCUCCCGAUCCGAACGCCCUGCGCCCGUCUCGACUCCUCCUCCCAAGAUUCCCAUCCGUUUCGCGCUCCCCAAACAAAAAUGACUGGUCGUGGCGGUGGCGGCGGUCGCCGAGUUCUCCUCCCUCCCAUUAACUUCAUCUUCAAGCUUCUUCAAUCACAUGCGAAAGUGAGCGUGUGGCUGUACGAGCAGCUUUCCAUCCGCAUCGAGGGAACUAUCAGGGGUUUCGACGAGUUCAUGAACCUCGUCAUCGAUGACGCCGUCGAGGUCCGACAAGUGACCAAGACCAACGACAAGGAGACUCGACGAUCAUUAGGCCAGAUUCUGUUGAAGGGUGACAACGUGUCGUUGAUCCAGAGUUUGUCGGGCUGAGGGGGCAUUGGAAUCUGGGAGGGCGAGGCGUAACGGCCCAAAAGGACAAGAGCUUUAGAUCAUGGAAGGAAUAUCAAGCCAAUUGGCUUAUUGCGGCGCAGGAGGCGCUGCUGGGACACCUCAAACAAACAUGUUUAGCACAAGGUCGUCGUUGCCGGAGACAGCUGGGUAGUACAGGACUGCAGCUCAGUCGGCGGUUCCGUACCCCCUCCAAGUGGGCAUCUUUGCGCAAAGAAGACUUCCAUCUAUUUCCACGCGUUUUAAUUUCUCUGAUCUACUGAUGUCUCUGCAAACGUUACCAUGAAGUCAGUCAAUGCAGUGUUGGUGGAGGGUAGCGGUUCAUUGCAACACCAGGUUCGCCAGCUCAUGCUUCCUCACUAGAUGCCCAACCCCAAUUUUGGACCGUUCGCGGCCGCUCCAGGUAGACGUAUGGUGUCGUGAAUGGC